GGACUAGUCGUCUAGGUAACGAAGGGGCGGGAGGCUAAACAGUGCCUCACGCCGGGCUGGGGGACGCGUCGAGAUGUCUGGUGGAAGUGGAGGUCAAAAGAAACUUAGCAAAGCUGAACGACUGAGAUUACAGAAAGAAGAAGAAGAUAGAAGAUUAAUAGAGGAAGAGGAAGCCCGUUUACGAGCUGAACAAGAAGAAGCAGAAAGACUUGAAAAGGAGAGAAUUGUGCAAGAGGAGAGGGAAAGACUUGAAGCAAAAUGGGAGCAUUACAUGCAAUGUGAUGGGAGUCCUGACCCAGCUGUGCCCCAAGAAAUUAAUACUUUCAUGAGCUUGUGGCAAGAAAAUAAAAAUGAGGAUAUUGAGUUUGUGAUCGAGAAAGGAAACCAAGUGCUAAAUUUAAUUGAGAAGUUGUAUUUUCUGUUAUUGGACACACCGCCAAAUGAGCUAAAGGAAAAGGUCUUCAUUCAAUACCAGGAAUCAAUUCUGGAAUUGCAGAGUCUUCUUCAUCAGAAAUACAAUGAAGCAACAGAACGCCUACUUAAAAAGGCUAAUACUUACGCAGAUUCUGACAGUGGAAAUAUGGAGGUGGCCAUAAAAGAUAAAAAUAUCACUUUCUGUAUCUGGGGAAACCUCAAGAAGAAUCCAAGAUUCAAAAAUCAUAUGUUUAGUGAUGCAGAAAAUGGAUUUGACCUUCCAAAGACAGUGGCCACAAGUGAUGUUGCUGUCCGCAUCUUGCACACUCAUUAUGAUCAUAUUUCCCCACUACAGUGCAUUCCCAAACUGCAUUUAAAAAUGCAAGCCCCAGAAAGCAAACAAGAAUUAACUGUGCUUUAUGAUAUGAAAGAAGAAAAAGAAGGGGAACAAAAGAGUGGAGAAGAUAGCGACUUGGUAAUUGAAAAGGAAUCUGAUGGAAGAAAGAGUGCCAUCUCUUUCAAAGACAGCAUUAAAAUCGAUCCUGAUGAAAAUGAGAAGCUAGAAGAGGAAUCUGAUAAGAAAUCAGAAAAUGUUAGCACCAUUUCAGGAGUUCAGGUUGCACCACUGCAGGUGGCCACUGAUGAAAAAGAAGAAGAGAUAAUUGGCGAAAAUGUAGUUGAUUUGCACCAGUUCACACCAGUGGGUGGAGUGUACCUUAUUGAUGCACUGAAGCUCCCACCUCAAGCCAAACAAAUCAAAGGCUGGACCAUGGUGGAAUUACUUGAUGUAGGAUUGGAGACCUAUCCCUAUCCUCCAGAAUCAGAAGAAACUGAAGAUGCCACAUAUCCACGUAUAGGGGUGACUCUUAGACUUCUUGACAGUGUGAUAUUUUUUGAGGAGCCUGUGGUUGCCAGAUGGGAUUCUGCAGGCAAACAAUGGAGAACUGAUGGUAUCAGUGACAUAAAGUACAAAAUGAAAGAGAAACAAAUCUCUUUUGAGAUGGAUGCUUUUUAUACAAUCACACUGAUUCAGGAUGCUCACCUCAAUAUGCCAUAUCAGUCAUGGGAACUGAGACCUAAUGGCACAGAUGAAUUACUUUUCACUGUUGUUACAGCUUUUGCAGAAGUUCAAAUGCAGAUUAAGGGUAAUCAGUGUAUGCUGUCUUCAAUAACUGUGGAUGGGAGUGAAAAACUUUCCCACUUGACAGGAAAAUGGACAUCUCCAAUUGACCUGACCAUUGCUUUGAAAAAGGCUGGAGUGAACAUUUUCCCAUCAGACUACUCGUACAAGUAUGUCUGCGUGAACAAGAAGACUCCACUAGCAGAAGUCACAACUUAUCAACAGAUGGCGCUGGUUGCAUCUGCUUUUGCUUUCAGUUGGAGCAAGUGGAAUCUGGCAUCUGGUCAAGAUCAAGUAGUUUUUAAGGUGAGUGAACACCUUAAAACCGAUGCUGUUAAAGAUGAAGACUGGUCCCUUUAUAUGUUUAAUGGUCAGCGAGCACAAAGGCUCAUGAUCAGUGAAACUAGCGAAGCCUUCUCAGAAGAUCUCGCGAACAAUACUGAAUUUCAUUCUACUCUGUACCAUCUGAUCAAAGAUUUUGCCAGUGAAGAAGCAAUUGAAAAAGUAAAGAAAGCCAGCUGCCUAUUUAUUGAUGCUGUAUACCAACUGCUCAUUGCUACUAGAGUGUUAACAUACUCUUAAGCCAAUAUUUUAAAUUAACUUUAUUGAGCAUCAAGAACUCGGUCAAUAACAUUACAUUUGAUGUCUGUCAUUUCACAUGCAAAUCAAAACAGCUUUUUAAAUGCCUAAAAAUGCAUUAAGAAAAAGUUUUUGUGAAUAAAAUUCGUUACUUUCUAGUAACUACACAUUUAGACCCAUUUAUUACAAGCUUCAAAAGGAGAGACAGCUAUUUUUUAAGUUGUUCUAAUCUUGAACAGGAUUAAGACAUUUGGGAAGAGGGGUCAGAGGGGAAAGUUGUAUUUCCAAAUCAUGCUUUAAAAUGUUUUACCAUUGAAAGUUAAGUAUAGUCUAAAAAGCUUCAAAAUAAGGGAUUUUAAAUAUACUACCUCAACUCAUAUUAGAAAGUUAAAGUAAUUCUAGACUUGAGAGCUAUGUUUACACUAGUUUAUAUAACACAAAUUGAGUCAAACAGGAAGUCUAGGGGAGGAAAAAAGAUUUUACAAAUUAAAAUACAGAUUGUGUGUUAUACUGGUGGCGGUCCAUUGUGUUGAAGCUUAGUAUGUGGCCACAGCAGUUGUUGUAGUGAUGUCCAGGAACUUCCAGUUCCCACAGGGGCAGCAUCUGCAGGUCUUUGGAGAGAGAGACCUGUGAGGAAGCUUGUGAGUGCAGCAAGGAGUACAAUGAUGGUAAGAGAAAUCCAGAGAGUUUUGUUAGCCUUGGAGAAGGAAGUCUUCAGAUGAGAUGCCCACGAUGACAUGAUGUUGCAACUGUGGAGAAGCCAUAAACAUAGGACAGACAUGCUUUUCUUCAAGGUUUAAAUAUCAUAUUGUCUGACUACUAAUCCAGAAUAUAAAUUGUACGUAAUGAAGACAAGUUUGCCGCUGUACUAAUAGCCAGCUACACUGGCAUGUUAUAUUCUGGGUUUACAAUGCAGGCUCCAGUCAGCACUAGAUGCUAAAGAUGUUUUAUAUAAAACUCUGAAGAGGCACAAAAAUUGUUUUCAAAGGCAAAUAUGGGAUUUCUUCACACAUUCCAUUCGUGUUAAUGGAAAGUGUGUGGCUAAAUCUCCUAGUGGGCAUUGCAAAUAUCAGCCAUUUUUUCCUGCAACAAAAGGGUUUAAUGUAUACUCCAGUGCCUUCCUCUGUAAAUUUAGAAUGACAGGGCUAUCUGGACUAGUUAAGAACUUAGGCUUUGAUCUCCGAGGGGCAGUGUUGAGGCAGAGCACCACACUGCAAGGGGUCACAUCUCAAGACGAAUUUGUGAGCUUGUAAUACCAGAAGUUGUUCUGUUCUUGACUAGUACCAAAAGUAGAGCUUUAACCUGCUAAUUCGAUUACUUAAUGCUGCCUACUUUGAAAGGCUGACAUCAAAAAGUCAAGAUUACCACUCUGCUUCCUCUUCCCGUGUCCUCCACCGGACCACUACUUCCCCUUACAGAAAUUCAUGUUUGCAAUUGAGAAACUUACGCUGAUCCUAGACUCCAUUUUGAUGGAUUUUUCCCCCUUUCAGUAACACUUAACUUCCUUGCUUUGUCUUCUUGUAUUUCUUCAACUGGUGGUUCUGCCUGUUUGGUUCUGCAAGUAAGUUUUAGAACUUAAGUUUCCUGGUAAACACUCAUCAGUACACAUAAACAGGCACAUUUUUAUAAAUAGAGUAAGUAUUCCAGUUUACAACAGCUUUGACAUACAACAUGGUGUCAAGUGCAAGAAGCAAGCCCACCUUAAAGUCUUGCAGAUUAAGUAAUCAAGACCUACUUUGUUUCAGACUUUUCUUCCUCAGACUCUGUCCAGGCAUAUGUGCUAAUGAAUCGUCGCAGUGAAGGACGCUUCUCAUUUUGUUUUGAUCCCAGUCGGCCCCUGCCAAAUGUGCAUACUUGAAAAUAAGUACUUCAGCUAAAGCUUUCAGAUCACAGUAAAGAAAAUAACUUCAGUGCAAGAUAGAGAUAAAUGAGCAUGCUUAUUUAAUGUUGGGGUAGGCUAUGAAGAUUUGGGGAAAUAUUUUUCAAGUUUGAGUCCCAGUUUAAUAUUUAAGCAGAAACAAUAAGGUGCCAGAUUUUCAAAUUUUCGCAUGUCUUUGCAGUUGAAGUCCAUGGGAGCGCCGAACCUCUUAAAUUUGAACUUCAGGCCUCUUGAUAUGGACACUUGGGUGUGACUGUAAAAGUUGAACUUUAAGGUUUACAUAGCAUAGACAUUUACAG